CCUUGGGGGCCGGUGGCGGUCUUAUCAGAGGAACUCAACGAGAAACCGGCAAUCUCGAUGUAUCUCUUCUUCGAGCCAUUCGUGGCGGCGCAGAUUCUUCUUCUGCAGUUCCCCACUGGAAUUCCUCCUGCUAUUUUUCUGUCCCAUUCCGCGUGAUGCGCCUCCUCUCCUGAAGAUGCGAUCUUGUCGGAGAAAGGCGAGCUUUCCAUCGGCGCCGUCCGUUUAGCGGUGACGAUGAAGCGGUCCCUGCGCUUGCCCUUCAUCUUUCUGAUCAUUGUCGCCGUGCUCUCCGUCUUCAGUUUCCGGGCGGCGCUCGAGGACAGUCGCCGCCGCGAGCGGCCGCCCGAGGCCCCGCCGGCGGUCAACGCCUCGCUCGUGCUUCUGGCGGCGGAGGAGGACGGGGAGCUGGAAAAGGACGUGAACGAUCUUCUCCACGGGAUCUUCCCCUCCUCAGCCCGCCGCCGCCGCGACACCGAGGAACGCCUGCGGAGCUACUCGGAAUGGCGGCGGGAGAGCCGCAUCGAGGUUCGGCGGCGGACCUCGGCGCGGUUCGCCAAACGGCUUCGCGCGCCCAAGGACCACAUGGCGCUCCCCGACUUCCGCCGCGCGCUCCGCGAUUGGUUCCGGCGCCGCCGGUUCGAUCCGGGGGUCAUGUCCGACCUCCUCGAUCUCGUCAAGAGCCCCAUCGACCGCCACCGCGGCCUCUCGGACGGGAGCGGAAAUGGGGGUCGGCGUUACGGCUCCUGCGCCGUGGUCGGAAACAGCGGGAUUCUCCUCGAAAGCAACCACGGCGAGUUGAUCGACGGCCACGAGUUCGUGAUCCGCCUCAACAACGCCCGCGUCGUCGGUUACGGCCCGCGCGUCGGCACAAAGACCGACCUCUCCUUCGUCAACAGCAACAUCCUCCACCUCUGCGCUCGGAGGUCGGGCUGCUACUGCCACCCUUACGGCGAGAGCGUCCCAAUCGCGAUGUACAUCUGCCAGGCCGUCCACUUCCUCGACUACGCCGUCUGCAACUCCUCCCGCAAGGCGCCGCUCCUCAUCACCGACUUGCGAUUCGACAUGCUCUGUUCUCGCAUCGUCAAGUACUACUCCUUGAAGAGGUUCACGGAGACCACAGGGACGCCGGCGCCGGAGUGGGCGAAGGCCCACAACGAGAAGAUGUUCCACUACUCAUCGGGCAUGCAGGCGGUGAUGCUCGCACUGGGGAUCUGCGAUCGGGUCAGCGUUUUCGGGUUCGGGAAGUCGCCGGCGGCGAAGCACCACUACCAUACCAACCAGAAGGCGGAGCUGGACCUGCACGAUUACGCGGCGGAGUAUGCCCUGUACCGUGAUCUGGUCGAGCAGCCGCAGGCAAUCCCAUUCCUCACAGACUCAGGAUUUAAGCUUCCUCCUGUGGUAUUCUACCAAUGAACUACAUUGAGAUGCUGAAGUUGGGUCUCUCAGUCAUCACACUUUCAGGUAAAUACUUGCUAAAGAACAUGAAGAAGAUAGUUUUAGCACAAUUAUUUGUCCAUGUGGUUACAGGAAAACAAUUGAAAUGCAGUGUAAAAUUUUGGAAUUUGCUUGACUCA